CUUCUUUUUAACCAAGACUUCACUUUGCUUUUGAGUAGGAUUAUUUGUUGGCAGCUCAUUUUGCAGCACCAACAACGAGAAAAUAUGCCAUUUUCAAAGGAAGUUCUAGUUAGAUUGUUUUACAACCUCUCAAGCUCCUCUCUGCUCUUCCUUGUAUUCCUAUACUCCUCGUCCAUUUUGCUUGCCAAGUUCUUUUACUUCGUUGGAAGUUAUCAACUUAUCCAAAGGAAUCAAAAUGGAUAUGACUACAGUAUGUUUUCUGAUGAAGAGGAGGAAGAGGAAGAAGAAUAUGCUGCUGACAGGUAUAAUUAUAGGGUGAACUGCAUGGAAAAAGAUCACCUGGUGGCUGACAUAAUUCAUGGUGGUGAAUCACUUGUAUUCCUGCCAGACAACAGCUUUCACAUGACUCAAAAUGAUUUUGAGGAAUCCUUGAACCCCCAUGAUGAUCAGCUGAUCACAAGUGAAGAUCAAGAAUAUGCAAGUUAUUCGACUGAACAGUUUUCUGCUCUUGACUCGUCACCUUGUUCAGAUUCUGAACAUCAUGAUCAUGAUGAUGAUACAGAUUUGCUGGAUGAAGAGAACCCAAAAAAUAAUGCUGAUUCACUUCAGAAUUUUGAUGCAAAUCAAGACGGUCCCACUCCUAUCGUCUCGCCAAUACUCACAGAACUAGACAAAAGUGAUCAGGUGGACAAUGAUGAAUAUGGUGAUGAAAUUUGCAGUAAUCAAGAAAUCAAACAAAGGGUGGAAACAGAUUUUUCAAGAAGUGAUCAGAAGUUUUUUGUUGUAGGACCAACAAAAUUGGAGUCUAGGAAGUUAUUAGUUCAGGAAAAGGAUGAUGAAGAAAUCUACGGAGACUCUUGCACAAUUGGCUCUACUUCUAAGAGCUCCUCCGAGUGGAGAAGCUCAAUAAAUUGUAGAGAUUCAGGGACUGAUGAUCCAUUUUCUUCUUCCUCAAGAAGAAGUUGUCCUAAGUGGGAGUCCUACACAGUGUUUCAAAAAUAUGAUGAAGAGAUGAUGUUCCUAGACAGAAUUAGUGCACAAAAGCUCCAGGAAACUGAGUCCCUGAGGUCCAUCCAAGCUUGCCCAAGGUCAAUAUCAGAGAGAAUAGUCCGCAAGUUUGCCACAAUGAACAAGAAGCCAUCAGAUAUCAGACACAAUCCAUAUCAUGAACUGGAAGCUGCAUAUGUAGCUCAAAUUUGCUUAACUUGGGAAGCUCUUAAUUGGAAUUACAAGAACUUUGAACGUAAAAGAGCAGCACGCAAAGAUUUCGACUGUCCUGCCAUUAUUGCUCAGCAGUUUCAGCAAUUCCAAGUUCUUUUACAAAGAUACAUAGAAAAUGAGCCUUAUGAGCAAGGCCGGAGACCAGAAGUCUACGCCAGGGUGAGGCUUUUGGCACCAAAGUUGCUUCUGGUUCCUGAAUAUCGAGAUUAUGAGGACGAUCAAAGGGAUGAAGGUUUUGGCUCAAGAAUUUCAGCAGAUUCAUUUCUGGUGAUAAUGGAAGAUGGAAUCCAAACCUUCAUGAAUUUUCUCAAGGCCGACAAGGAGAAACCAUGCCAAAUCAUCAAAGCAUUUUUUGGGAGGAAGAGAAGAGGUUCAGUUGACCCAACACUUCUCCAACUCAUGAAAAAAGUUAAUGCUAAAAAAAAGAUGAAGCUUAAAGAACUUCGCCGGGCUCACAAAUGCCUAAGGAAAAGAAAAUUGAAGGUGGAGAAAGAGGUGGACAUAUUGAUGGGCCUAAUUGACCUAAAAGUGGUGUCAAGGGUGUUGAGAAUGAGUGAUCUAAGUGAAGAACAAUUGCAUUGGUGUGAAGAGAAGAUGAGCAAAGUGAGGAUCUUGGAAGGAGAACUCCAAAGAGAUUCCUCACCAAUUUUUUUCCCAGCACAUUGACCCACUACCAUGAAUAUCCUAGGCAAGCUUUUGUAAAUACUGUUAAAAAAGAAAAAAAAAAAAUAUAUAUAUAUAUAUAUAUAUAUAGAUGGAGGAGGGAGGGUCCUACAACUCAAAACUACAUGUGGGGGUGACAUGGAAUUUGGAGAUAUGGGAGAUCCAUGAAAUGAAAGGAAGAGAAAAGCAAGGUAGGCUAAGGGAUUUUUUCGUAACUGUGAAAGUGAAAGACCAGACACAAAGCAAGGAACAUGAAGAUAGAUACUGCAAUGGUAGCUUUAUUAGUUUGCUUUUGCUUUUGCUUUAUUUAAAUUAGGGUUUAUCUAUAAAGAUUUGAGAGCUUAAUUGUCAAAAGAAUAGAAGUACCAAAAGGCCGGUUACACAUGCAGAGCAAAGAAUAAAAAGGUAGCACAUGGUACCACUCAAAUGAUGUAAUAGUAUAUCAGAAUAGCAUUUAGCCUCAUAUUUGACCCCACUUCGGUUGUGGGAAAGAAAGAAAAUUAGUAUGAAAUAAAAGCAUAAGAUUUUAGAAAAGGUCUUGUAGUACUAAGCCUAUGAUGAUUAGCUAGAUGAGUUUUGAUUAGCAUUGACUCAUAAAAACAAUAAUGGCUGAAUAAGUUAGCGCAGCCUCAUAGAUGUUACAAUUUCUUAAUAAGAAAUAAACAUUUCCCUCUCAAUACAACUUGUUUUCUCUUUUUUCUUUUUUUUUUCCCUUUUGUCAUGUUUCAAUUUCAUUUGUAAUCCUUAAUUAACGGCUUGUUCCCUUUGACA